GUAGUGACCCCUCUAGUCUCCGGCCAAGGGGCCCGAAGCUUGCAGCACCACCAAGCUCUGCCUCGCGGCGCCACACGAAACGCCUUUCAACAUUUCAGUUCCUCGCUUUCUCCCCCAGGCCUAAGAUUUAGAAUCAAACUCUUCCAUGGCUUCUGAUCAGGUUGCGUUUUUUACGCCUUUGAGUCUUAAUAAUGUGGAGGAGGAGGAGGAGGGAGGCUCACUUCCCAAAAUACAGAUAAAUGAAGGCUCUAAUUAUCUUGGUCGCAGUUGUGUUCCAGCCAAUGAUAAACGGAUCAGCCGGAAACAUCUUACUGUCAAUGCCACUUCGAAAGGCUCUGCAGAAAUCGUUGUGGAAGGUACAAACCCAGUUGUUAUAAGAUCCAAAGGCGAGAGGAAGAAGCUUUUGUCAGGAGAAAGGUGUAAAAUUGAUGAUGGUGAUGUGGUAGAGUUGAUACCUGGGCAUUACUAUUUUAGGUACACAGUUCUUAGGAAUGGAAGCCCACCAAAAAUCAGGAAUAAAAGGUCUGUGAUGAUUGAAGAAAGUAAUAAUAACAAAGAGCAGGAACGUUUAAGGAAAAAAGCUAGAGAAGUUGGGGAAGAGGCUACCAUGAAUGGGUUGGAGAAUGACUACCAUGAACCAGAGAGCUCUGCAGAGGCAAUACGUCAUUUUGUUGUACCCAAGGCUAAGUUACCCCACAGUUUCCGGUUGCUUAGAGUUCGUGAGUUACCGGAAUGGGCAAACACAAAUACAGUUUCCAUCCAUGAUGUAAUACAGGGGGAUGUCCUUGUGGCCAUCCUUUCCAAUUACAUGGUAGACAUUGAUUGGCUACUUUCUGCGUGUCCCACACUUAAAAAAAUCCCUAGGGUCCUUGUUAUACAUGGAGAAGGUGAUGGGACCGUGGAGUAUAUGAAGAGAAACAAUCUAUCAAACUGGAUUCUACACAAACCUGCAUUGCCCAUAUCAUAUGGGACUCACCAUUCAAAAGCCAUGAUUCUUGUGUACCCUAAAGGAGUCAGAGUUGUAGUACAUACCGCAAACUUGAUAUAUGUUGACUGGAAUAACAAAAGUCAAGGUCUGUGGAUGCAAGAUUUCCCAUGGAAGGAUCAAAAGUGUCCAAGUAUUGAAUGUGGGUUUGAAAGAGACUUGAUUGACUAUCUUAGUGUAUUGAAGUGGCCUGAGUUUACUGCCAAUAUACCUGGACUUGGGAAUUUCAACAUAAAUUUCUCAUUUUUCAAGAAAUUUGACUAUACCAGUGCAAGGGUCAGGCUAAUUGCCUCAGUUCCUGGAUAUCAUUCAGGACCAAGUUUGAAAAAAUGGGGGCAUAUGAAGUUACGAACUGUCCUUCAAGAGUGUACUUUCAGCAAAGAGUUUCAGAAGUCUCCUCUUGUUUAUCAGUUUUCCUCCCUGGGUUCGUUAGAUGAGAAGUGGAUGACCGAACUUGCGACUUCAAUGUCAGCUGGAAUGUCAGACGAUAAAAAGCCCCUUGGAAUAGGGGAGCAAAAGAUAAUAUGGCCUACCAUUGAAGAUGUUAGAUGUUCUUUGGAGGGAUAUGCUGCUGGAGGUUGCAUCCCAGGUCCACAAAAGAAUGUGGAAAAACAAUUUCUCAAAAAGUACUGGGCUAAGUGGAGAGCAAGGCACACUGGUCGUUGUCGGGCAAUGCCGCAUAUAAAGACAUUUGUUCGUUACAGUGGUCAAAACAUAGCGUGGCUACUGCUUACAUCUGCAAACCUCAGCAAAGCUGCCUGGGGAGCUCUUCAAAAAAACAAUUCCCAGUUGAUGAUUCGAUCAUAUGAGCUUGGGGUGUUGUUUUUACCAUCUGUCAAAUGUGGAAGUGGAUUUUCUUGUACAGAUGAUCACAGUAACCAGCUUGAGAGAGAAAAAUAUGCUGCGGAGAAAGAGAAAAGGACUAAGCUUGUAACUUUAGCUUGGCAAGGAAAGAUAGAUACAGAGUGCACUGAAGUUAUCAGAUUGCCCUUACCGUAUGAGCUUCCUCCUAUACUCUACUCCCCUGAAGAUGUCCCUUGGUCAUGGGAUCGUAGUCAUCCCAAAAAGGAUAUUUACGGCCAAGUUUGGCCAAGAUAAAGGACUUUUUUACAGCAUUUUUGUGGAAACGCCGUUUCAAUCCGCUUCAUUUUGCAGCGUUUUGAGUUCAAAUGAGCUCAGCAUUUUGACUAAAUCGCAGACCAAACAUGCCCAAAGCAAAACUCUGAACAAGUCCAGACAAAUGUGUUUGGCCGCCAAUGAUUUUUCUUCUCCUUUCCUUUUACCAAGUAGUGGUUAACGAUGUAAUAAGUGAUAUAUAUUUUUAAAUAUAAACAUGUAGAUAUAGUGAUAUACUCUUUAGAAACAACAGUGUGCAUAUUAUUUAAAUUACUUGUUUUUUUUGUUUUGUUUUUGGUCUCAACUUUAAAAAGCUUUUACUUACUACUGUUACUAGUAUAAUUACAUUGACC